AAAGUUGCACAACGAUUUCAGGCGAAACGAAACUACAUGGAGAAACUGUGAAGCGUUACACAGCACAAACAAAGAAUGGCAGAAGCGGCUCCAAGUAACCACGAACUUUGUACAUGUCCGAUUUGUUUGGAUCUUCUUAGGCAUCCAGUGACUAUUCCUUGUGGACACAAUUACUGUAUGGGCUGCAUUACGAGCUGCUGGGAUCGGGAAGAUCAGAAGGGAGUCUACAGCUGCCCCCAGUGCAGACAGACGUUCACCCCAAGACCCGUUUUAAACAAAAAUAAUAUUGUUGCUGAACUUGUGGAACAGAUCAAGAAGACCAGAAUCCAAGCUGCUGCUCCUGUUCCAUGUACUGCUGGACCUGGAGAUGUGGAGUGUGACGUCUGCACUGGGACAAAACUCAAAGCUGUUAAGUCCUGUCUGGAAUGUCUGGUGUCAUACUGUGAAACUCACUACAAAGUUCACAAUGACAUACACCCUGGGCGAAAACAUAAGGUGGUUGAUGCCACAGGCCAGCUACAGGAGAGGAUCUGCACCCAACAUGAGAAGCCUCUGGAGAUAUUUUGUCGUACGGAUCUAAGUUGUGUUUGUUUGCUCUGUCUGGUGGAUGAACACAAAAGCCAUGACACUGUGUCAGCCUCUGCAGGGAGGAGAGAGAAACAGACACACUUGGGGGAGACCCAGAGUAAAAUCCAGCAGAGAAUCCAGGAGAGAGAGAAGGAGCUGCAGGACCUGAGGAAGGCUGUGGAGACUCUCAAGGUGAGUACUGACCAGAGGAGAGGAGGACAACAGCUGGCUGCUGGAGGAGCCAUUUCAGGCUCAAUCAGGGCUCUCCUCCAGUCAGCCAGACAGGAGUCUGUAAUGCUGAGCCACUUCCCAGCUCCUCUGAGCCUCACUGUGGGUACCAGGCUGUGUGGAGGAGCUGAGUGA